AUGGAUGUGUUGAAACGUUUGGAUUUUGUAUUUAAUUUGCACGAAGGUUUUCCUUCUCACUGCCUUAAGCCUAAACAAGUUCAAUGUUUUAAAGCUCUUUUAAAGGGCAGGGAUGUUGUAGCUGUCCUUCCUACGGGUUAUGGAAAGUCGUUAAUUUUUCAACUUCUUCCUGACGUUAUACCACAAAAAAGUACAAGGAAUAUCGUUAUUGUGGUGUGUCCUUUAUCUUCAAUUAUAGAAGACCAAGUGCAGUUUUUAAACAGUGUUGGUAUUUCAGCAAUGUCACUUCAUUGCAAUAAUAGUUCCACAAGCUCUUAUGAAAGUUUGUUUGCCGAAAUGAAAACUCAUGAAGAAAUCAAUAUAUCAAAAAUAGGUGCAAGAAGGGGAUAUAAAUCUACUCUUCGCUCAUCCAGAGGCAAUACUUUCCGAGCAAGGCAGAAAUUUAUUAAAGUCAACUGUGUAUUAAGAUAA